UGGCCCCUCUCUGGCACGCAUGCCUUCGGGAAGAACGGGAACCAGAAUCUCUCCCUCUUCCUUCUCUCCCCCCCCCAUCCCAAUUGCAACGUGUUGCCAUUCCAGCGCAGAUCCAGCUGCCAAACCGCUGAAAAAGUUCGCCUCCACUUUGGAAGUCUUGAAGGCAGCCUCUCUCUCUCCCCCCCCUCCCUCCUCCCUCCCUCCCUUCCGCCCACAACUGGCUGGGCAGCCUGUGGGGUUCGCGUGACGCAGCGUCUGAAUUCUUAGGAGGCAGGGAGGGGCUUUGGGGGGGCCUUCCUUUUCUCUCCCAUCUCUCUGCCUCUUUCCCUCCCAUCACCUUCCCAACGGGCGGAGGACGAGGGAGGCAAAGGGCCCUGAGUCAGCACGACGAGGGCGCAAAGCUCCAAAGCCGGGGAGGAGGGGGCGCUCAGUCCGCCGCCGCUAUGAAGCUUCCAAGCCCCCCCUCUUCGCCACGGCCUCGGCUGCUGAAAUGUGUCGUGGGCAUCCUUCUGACCGUCGAGGUCGGACUCUGCGCGCUUCUCCCAGACUCUGGGACAUUUCUCAUCCAUAGCAGUAGCCUACAAGGCUGCCUGGAGACUAAGGACUCUGUAGUGAAAAUUUCCAAGACCUGCAACACCAGCCUUCCAGCUCAGAAAUGGAAAUGGGUUUCCCGGAAUCGGCUUUUCAACAUUGGAACCAUGCAGUGCCUAGGGGUCUCCUGGAAUUCUGCAAACAUCAGUGCGGCAGCUCACCUGCUGGCCACGUACGAGUGUGACCGUGAAUCUGUCAACAUGCGGUGGAACUGCCGGAGCCUGGGGGACCAGCUUUCCCAGUAUUUAAGCUCAAGGUUGGGGAACUGGUCAUUGACACCAUUAGAAAGGGGUGAUCAGGCACGUGGAGGUCAGUGGAAGGUCUACAACCACGAUGAAGAUUUGUGCUCCAGGCCAUACUCGGAAAUUUAUACCAUUCAAGGCAACUCUCAUGGGAAGCCCUGCACCAUCCCCUUCAAGUACGAUAACCAGUGGUUCUAUGAUUGUACAAGCAUGGGGCGUGGAGAUGGUCACCUUUGGUGUGCCACCACACAGGAUUAUGGCAAAGAUGAAAGAUGGGGAUUCUGUCCCAUUAAGAGCAAUGACUGUGAUACAUUCUGGGACAGGGACCACCUCACCAACAGCUGCUACCAGUUCAACUUCCAGUCUACCCUGUCUUGGCAGGAGGCAGGGAAGAGCUGUGAGCAGCAAGGGGCCAGCUUGCUUAGCAUCACUGAGAUCCACGAGCAGACCUACAUCAAUGGGCUGCUAACGGGAUAUGGUUCCACACUCUGGAUUGGCCUUAAUGAUUUGGACCUCAACGGGGGCUGGCAGUGGUCAGACAACUCACCCUUGAAGUUCCUUAACUGGGAGAGUGAUCAGCCUGACAACCCCAAUGAAGAAAACUGCGGUGUGAUACGGACGGAAUCAUCAGGGGGAUGGCAGAACCGUGACUGCAGCAUCGCCUUGCCCUACAUCUGCAAGAAGAAACCCAAUGCCACCUCUAAUACAUUCUUGUUAAGAGAGUCUGAGGUGAAGAUUGACUGUGAUCCAAGCUGGCAGCCAUACCAGUCCAACUGCUACCGCUUGAUCAGUGAAAAGAAGAGUUGGCCUGAUGCCAAAAGGACCUGCUUGAGGAGUGAAGGGGACCUGGUGAGCAUCCACACCCUCAAUGAACUGGAGUUUGUUACCAAGCAAAUCAAGCAAGAUGUUGAAGAACUCUGGAUUGGCCUGAAUGAUCUCAGGCUACAGAUGAACUUUGAGUGGUCAGAUGGCACACCAGUACAGUUCACAUUCUGGCACCCCUUUGAGCCCAACAACUUCCGAGACAGCCUGGAGGACUGCGUGACUAUCUGGGGACCGGAGGGGAGAUGGAAUGACAGCCCUUGCAACCUGACGUUGCCUUUUGUCUGUAAGAAGCGGGGUCGUGUGAGCCAAGAGAGAGAAGAGGAGGACCAUGGCUGCCGAAAGGGUUGGAAAUGGCACAGCCCAUCUUGCUAUUGGCUGGGAGAUGACCAUGUGACAUACAGUGAAGCUCGGAAGAUGUGCAUGGAUUAUGAGUCUACUCUGGUCACCAUCACCAAUAGGUUUGAACAGGCCUAUGUGAGCAGCUUAAUUUAUGGCUGGGAGGAUGAAUAUUUCUGGACAGCACUACAAGACAUAAACGAAACUGGCUCCUUCCAUUGGCUGAGCGGAGAUGAAGUCACAUACACCCACUGGAACCGCAACCAGCCCGGUUAUGACAAGGGUGGCUGCAUUGCCUUGGCCACUGGGAGUGCCAUGGGCCUAUGGGAAGUAAAGAACUGCACCACUUUCAAAGCCAAAUACAUCUGCAGGCAGAACUUGGGAACUCCAGUGAAUCCUGAGCUUCCUUUACCACACCCUACACCAAGCCUUACAAGCACCUGUCCACCAGGAUGGAACACCAGCCCCAAGUUGAGGCAUUGCUACAAGGUGUUCAACUAUGACAAACUGCAGGAAAAGAAAAACUGGAUCAUGGCCCAAUUGUUCUGUCAGGAGCUGAAGGCUCAGCUUUUGAGCUUAGGCAGUUAUGAGGAGGAACAUUUUGUAACCAACACCCUCAACAAGAUUUUUGGGGAAUCGGAACCUGAAAUCCAUGAGCAGCACUGGUUCUGGAUUGGCUUGAAUCGCCGGGACCCUGGAGAUGGGAUGAGCUGGCGAUGGAGUGAUGGUCUUGGGUUUUCCUACCACAACUUUGACCGCAGUAAUCAUGAUGAUGAUGACAUCCGCAACUGUGUGGCACUGGACCUGGCAUCCUUUCAGUGGAUGCAUCUUCAGUGUGAUGCUCGACUGGACUGGAUCUGCAAACUGCCCAAAGGCACUGAUGUGAAAGAGCCAGAGACAACCAUCCAAGGGAGCAAUGUGUGGGUGAAGUAUCAGGAUGCUGAAUACAAAUUCUUUGACCAUCAGUCGACUUGGGUACAGGCUCAGAGGAUCUGCACUUGGUUCCAAGCUGAGCUUGUGUCAGUUCACAGUCAAGCUGAGCUGGACUUUCUCAGUCAAAACUUGAAGAAGUUCUCAAGGGGCCAGGAGCAGCACUGGUGGAUUGGACUGAAUACCUAUGAGAAUGAUGGACGAUUUCGGUGGUCUGACAGUUCCCUCUUGAACUUCAUCUCGUGGGCACCAGGCAAGCCACGGCCUAUCAGCAAGGACAGGAAGUGUGUGUACAUGACAGCUAGCCGAGAGGACUGGGGCGACCAGAAGUGUCUCACUGCUCUGCCUUACAUCUGCAAGCGCACCAACAGUACCACAGUCUCUUUGCCACCCCUGCCUGUGCCAACUCCAGGCAGCUGUGCCCAUGGUUGGCAUGCUGUCAGCAAUAAGUGCUUUAGGAUUUACAGCCAAGAGCAGGUGACCUGGCAAGAGGCAAAGCACAGGUGUGAGAUUCAGGGAGGCAUGUUGGCAACCAUCUCCAAUCAUGUUGAGCAAGCUUUUAUAACCACCCUUCUUCCAAAUGUCACCUUUGACCUGUGGAUCGGCCUUCAAGAUGCGAAGAAGGAAUUCCAGUGGGUAGAAGCUGAACCCAUCAAGUACGUGAACUGGGCCCCUGGUGAGCCAUCUGGAUGUGGACCCUCCACAGCUAAUGAAAACCCGACCAACUGUGCUGUGGUUUGGCAUGGCUUCCUGCCCCAGUUCACCGGCCGUUGGGAUGACAGGAAUUGUCUGGAGGAGAAACAUGCCUUUAUCUGCCAGAGGAGCAAAGAUCCUAACCUGAGCCCUUCCCCCACUCCCAACUCCACUCUCUCAUACUUCUACAGUACUUACCGCAUCCUGCAGAAGCCUCUCAAGUGGCAGGAAGCCAUGCUCCUGUGUGAGAGCCUCAACGCAAGCCUGGUGAACGUGAUGGAGCCGUAUACCCAGGCCUACCUCACCCAAGCAGUCAGCAGCAUGCGGGCCCCUCUCUGGAUUGGCUUGUUCAACGAGGAGGGGAGGCGCAACUACAAGUGGCUCACAGAUGAGAACCUUUCCUACGCAAACUGGCAGGAUGGAGAACCACAGCAGAUUGUGGGGUGCACAUACAUGGAUGUAGAUGGAACAUGGAGGACCACCAACUGUGAUACCAAACUGCAAGGGGCCAUCUGCAAGAUGGACACAGGGGCCCUUUCCCCACACAAGUGGAGGUACAACGGGAGUUGCCCUAAAUCUAUGGAGGAUUCCUCUUGGAUCCCCUUCCGGAAUCACUGCUAUGCCUUCCACAUGGAAGUCAUGCUGGGCCAGAAUGAAGCUAAGAAGAGAUGCCAGAAAGUUGGAGGUACAGUGCUGUCCAUCAUAGAUGAGAUAGAGAACGUGUUCGUGUGGGAGCAUCUUCAAGCUUAUGAGAGCCAAUCCAAAGGAGCUUGGUUGGGGAUGGCUUUUAACCCCAAAGGGGGCACACUUGUCUGGCAUGACAACAUGGCCGUGAACUAUUCUAACUGGGGGCAGCAUGACACAGGACCAAGCAUGCUCAGCCAAAACAGCUGCUACUGGAUUCAAAGCAGCAAUGGGGUGUGGCAUCUUGGCUCUUGCUCCAAUGUCACAAUGGGGGUCAUCUGUAAGGCAGCCCGAGUGGAAGAAAGCCACUUCUCCAGAUCAGCUUUCCUAGAGAACACAAAGGCUCUUGCUGUGGUUAUCCUCUCCUCCUUAGCACUGUGUGCACUGAUAGCAGCUGCCAUCUAUCUGUACAAGCGUCGGUGUACCUCAGAGCGAGGGGCAUUUGAGAGUGCCCGUUACAGCCGCACCAACUCUAACCCCAGUGAAUCUGCUGAGAAGAACAUUCUGGUGUCUGAUAUGGAGAUGAAUGAACAGCAAGAAUAAUGGUGGAACUGGCAAGCCGGGGUGGGGGUGGGGGGAGGGACAUGAGCACCUGUCAUACAUGCUAUCUCAACAGCAACCUCCUGAGGACAGCAUAGGGUGAUAGCACAAUCACUGCAGUGGGGAGGGAAGAUGGGACUGUGAACCACUAAGGAGAUGUGGAGAAAUACAAAAAAGGGUUUUCUUUGGGAACUCCAGUCCUAUUUGUGUGUGACACCAAAAUAAACUCAAACCUGGCCUUGUAUGUCUGUCCUGCUCAGAGAGGAGCUAUGGAAGAAAGUGGAAGGUGGUUCACUUGUUGGAGAAAACCCCCCUCAUUCUAGAUGUUUUACUGUCUAGUUACCAACACAGCAUUCUCCACAUUUCCUUAGAACCUGAAAGUGCAAGCAUUACGGCCUCCUUUUUCUAACAUUAUAAUUGGGAAGGACCUUGCAGGGUUUCCUCACCUAUAACUUGGUAAGAACAUGCCUUUCUUAUAUUGCAUUACUUCUUGAAGCCAUGUGGAUAAUUAAAGAGUGAUAGGCCCUUGAAUUCUAAUUAAUGUUGGUUCGACCUUCUAUUCCUCCCAUGCUGAGAUACCCCAAGAAUAAAUUAUUCCUCUGCCAUGCCACUACCAUAGCAACCGUUUUGCCGUUAAAUUCUGUUGCCACAGAGUGCCUUUUUGGAAAAAAACUGCCACAAGCACUUGCACAGCUUCAAAUGACCUCUCAGUGGCAGAAACACAUAAUAGGUGUGUGCUUGAGAGUGGGGAAGAAGUGAGGAAUGCUGUUACUUGCCUCUGCCUCUUUUAAUAACAAAUAUAGCUAGAUAUGCACUUCCUCACAAAUCUCAUAAGAUCGGGGAAAGACGCCUCCAAACAACAUCACUAACCUUCCCCUCUCUUAACAACCAGGGGUGGGAGAGAGGUUCACAAAAUGGCCACAGCAUUGUCGGGGAUCAUGUCAUUUUCUACUGAUAUGAAACAAAUAAUAUCCAAUACAACUGCAUUUUAAUCCAUCACAGGAACAGUGAGAAUCAGCUGCCUGCAUUGGAGGGAGGAUUGCAUUUUCCAGGAACAAAAUGUUGUGGUUUGAGCAUUUAAGAGACUCCAUUGUAUCUGCAACAGAAACACUGUCCUAAGUGGCAUAUAUAAGAAAUGUGAAACAAAUGCACAAAACUGUUAUUGAGAAAGGCCUUCAGAACAUCUGCAUUUCUGGAGUAGAAAACUAGCAUGCUGGCACGUCCUUUAAUUUUCAUGUUGUUUUUUUGUUGCCUUGCUGGAUAGGAGAUAUAAAUAACUUUGUUAUACUGAAUCAAAGUUCAUGUUGACAGUUACACCUACUUUUGAGGAUAUUUUGUGUCUGCGUAGAUGUUAAGGCCAAAGGUUGUGCAUGUUGUAGAAUCUCCCUCCAACUCCCCCGCCCCACUUAUUUUUAAUCAUUUGAAGAAAUGACAUAAGGCACUAAAAUUUUCUUGCUUCCAGAACAGCAUACAGUUCUGUUAGGCAACUUUGUAUGGACACCAGAUGCUAGGAGUUGGUGAGAGACAUUAACCUUGGGUAAUAACCCAUUUGAAAAGGGGACUUUGUGACAAGCACUCUUUGUCCUUCGCUUCCAACUGAACAACUUCUGAGUGGCGACUGUGCUAAAGAUGAUAAGGGGAGGAUAGCUAUUUUCUGCUACUCAAAUAAUUAUGGGAAUUGAAUAAGAAAAAAAUCUGGUGAUUUUCACUUAAGCUGGAUAUUAAGUGUUCAUAAAAAUGUUUACCUUUGCCUCUUUAACCUUUAGGUACCUAAAAACUGCCAUACCAGUCUAUGGUAUGUGGAGUUUCUGAGAUAAUCUUUAUGUCGUUCAGCUCCUUUGCUUUUCCCUUGAUGACUGCUGCUUGUUUCCUGGGCAUCUUUUUUGUUUAGAGAAAGAUGUUCAUGUAUACUGAUUUAUGGCUAAUGUUCAACAACUUUUCUGCUCAGGGGAUCAUUUUUCAGGGCCUAAUUUGAAUGAUGACUUUGCCCUGGCCUCUUUUCCAUACUUGGGCUCCACCAUGAGAUGUGUUAAAUAAAUAAUGCCUUUGAGCAUGUGCAGCGUGCCUUAAUCUCUCUGGUGAGUAGCCACAGGCAGCCCUUGCUUGUUUGGGCGAUGAGCUCCCAUGCCAGGGGGCAAUUUCUCAGCUUGAGUGCUGGGAACCUCUCAUUUUACUGAUGAAGCAUGAAUCCUUUUGCAACAGUAUUUAACAGAGGAUUCUAAUGCAAACAUGUUGUGACAAUAGUGCAGGCAUGCAAGCUGAACAUCAAUGUUUACUGGAAUGGAUAUUCUAUGAAAUCAAAGGUUCUGGCCCAAGAAUGAUGGGUGUUUGGCGUGAGCACUUCUUCAACAUUUUGACAGAGGAAUUGUCAUGGAAAUAUCUCCUGCCAAGAAGCUAAGCAGGCUGGUCAAUAUAUAUUCAGGAAAAGUGCAAUAGCAGACCUGAAAGGAGGGAAGGUUGUGCAAUCUCAUCGUCUUCAUCUUCUCAGCUGCACAUGCUGCUGCUAGUCCCUCAGUCUCUCCCUCAGAAAUGACAAUGCUAUAGUCGCCCCUCAGCAAUGGCCUUGAUCAUUUUAUUUCCCUCUUUUGCUUUAAAGUGAAUCAAACACAACUGGACAAUUACCAAUGAGCUCCAUGCAGGGAGGGAAGGGGUAUAUCCCAAAAUAAUGAAACUUUGUUGUUUAUUUGUUUGGAGUUACUGGAAAAACGCUUCAGAUUAAAUGCAUUUCCUGUCACCAUUUUGAAUAAUGUGAAACGGUGCUGAAAAAGAAACUGGCAACUUUUAAAAUGGGUUACUUUUGCUUUUUUUUUGUAAGCCUUCUAGAAUCUUGGAAUAAAGCUUCAUUUCCCCAUCAGUUUCAGCAAAA